AUAAGAUGUGACGAGGCGAAUAGCUGGCGAAGAGAGUUCAGGAACAAUGGCAGUGGCCGGAUCGCAGCGGGCCUGAUCAGGAGAGGACACUGGGCCAACAAAUCCGACAGUCUUCCCGUGUCCCCAUCCAGCCUGCUUCUGUCUGUGAUAUAUACCUCUCCCGUGCUAGCUGUUCUUCUCUCAUCCGGGGUCCAUCUGCUUUUCUCACUACAGAGGGAGGCCUCGUUAACUUACCUGGAUUUCAUCGCCCUUAGCUCGCAUCUCAACAACCCUCCAUGCAUCUAGACUGUGCCACUUUAGGAUCAUGAGGAAGCCUAGAAUUUUACCUUUAGCUUUAUGGACAAUACUGAUUCUUGUGACUUUAUUAUCCAUGACCAAUGCGUACCGAUCACAUGCCUCUCCUAAGCCCCCUUGUAAAUCAUUAGAACUACACUGGGUUAGGCAUGCUUCAAAUUGCUCUGUAUAUUACUGCUGUGGAUUUGGUAUACCUUAUAAAAUGCAGCCUUGUCCAGAGGGGCAAGUUUGGUCAAAUAUGGCCACCAAUUGUGUUCCGAUGGGUUCUAGAUGGAAUGACUGUCCGCGGGUAUCGGGCAAUGCCAAACCAUCUACAGCCGCUCCACCUACAACCCGACGCUUCUGGACUUCGCGACCUCAGAGGCCAUCUACCAAUAGACGCCCUAAAACGACUAGAAAACCAUGGACGACUACACGAAGAACACCUCGGAGAACAACCAAACGGAGAACUAUCACGACAACAACAACACCAUCAACAGCCACUACCACUACUACGACUACGAGAAGACCAACUACCAGGACGUCUUCCACGUUUGUCCCAACCCACGGGUUCACAUCAGAGUCAGCGGCGGGGGAGUGGACCAGGUUUCAUAAUAGAACGACUGGUCCUCCCUCUACCUCAUCCUUUACGAAUGGCGUGGCAUCCACGAUACCAGAGAAAGAGGAUAAAGCCACAUCUUCUUUCAUUGGAGCUAAUGUGGAGUGCGGUGUUGCUAUCUCUCACCUGAUCGUUGGGGGUUUGCCGUCUGUUGAGGGCCGCUGGCCCUGGAUGGUUUCCCUCAGGCUGACCUGGGCUAAAAGGCAUGUGUGUGGAGGAACUUUACUACAUCCUCGCUGGGUUGCCACUGCAGCUCACUGUGUGUUUGGGACACGUUUUGAAAAAGUAGAAAACUGGAGAGCAGUUUUGGGAGAAUUUCAUUUGAAGGAAACAACUGGUCGAGAAAUUCAUCGGAAAAUUGACAUGAUUGUUCGGCACCCAGACUUUGUGAACGGACUGAACUACCCUAAUGACAUCGCCCUGAUGCGUCUGGACCGCCCCGUUGACGUGACAGGGUCCUCGGUCCGCCAAGCCUGCACUCCCAGCAUCGACAUGGAAUUCAACCCUACCGACGACUGCUUUAUCAUGGGAUGGGGAGAAACAAGAGAGUACACGGAACAAACUAUUCUCCAAGAGCUUGAAGUACAAGUGAGAACCAGAACGGAAUGUCGAAUGCGGUGGGGAAGGCGGAGAAUUCUUAACUCUCAUAUAUGCGUCGGAAAUGGAGAAAAUGGCGCGUGCAAUGGUGACUCGGGUGGUCCACUUGUCUGUCAGAGAGGUGGGUAUUACUACCUUGUGGGUAUCACCUCCUGGGGCGUCAGCGGGUGCCAAACCUCAGGUUACCCCAGCGUUUACUCCAAUGUCGCUUACUUCUCCGAGUGGAUAUCCGACAAAAUAGCUGCAUAUUCUGACGACUAACUCUAGUCAUUACUCAGCAUAAAAGUUGCUCGAAUAACAGAGAAAGCAAGGUCAAGACGAGGUCAAAGGUCAGACGGCUUCGUCGCACAAUGGACUGAGAGUUUGCUUGCAUCUAUAACGCACUGGAGUGGGGCAGAUACAGAAGCUAGCGACAAAACACCAUCGGAAUUUGAUGACUUUUAAUAGCGACUGACUACCGGAGACAAAUUUUAAGACUCUGUUUCGACCAGAAGGCACUCCGACAGAAGAAACUUCCGCCACACUUCAAUGUACUAAUUCCUUCACUACAGAAAUGGAUUAAGAUUAACCCGGGCAUAAAAUUUCACCCUGCGUAACUUCUCCCGUAAAUUUGCUUACAAACUGACUGAAGGACAAAUAUUCGCCGGGAAUAACCAUAAACUCAAUGGCGGAGCAAUAAGUCGCAGACACAUAGACAGCACUGUAAUGUACCAGUAAACGCCGUCGCUCAGAUCCACUUUCACAAAGCCAUCUAAGAACUCAUAUUCGCUUCACCAUGCUAGUGCUUCGCAGGUGAACAUUUAAGGAAUCCUAUUCACAGAAGCCACAUUUUGAUUCGCAAGACAACAAGGUUAGAAAAUAGUUUUUGAAAUCAUUUAUCGAUACCUAAAAGCGUUUAGAUCGUUUAGUGGCAUACAUUUUGCGACAAAAACUUCUAGCCUCUCUUUCGACUACUUUGACGUAUUUCUAAUGAAGCGUAGAGCUAUUAUUCGAGUGGCUGUUGGUGAAAUCUGCCCUCAAGAGUGAGUGCAUGUAGUGUGUAUCGAGGGAAAUAAAAAUCGUGGGGGUUGUGUCUGUGAUAAACCCUGCGAAACAGCCCGUGUUUAAUGCGCAAAAAGAUGGUAGCUACUGAAUUAAAAGCCAUACAACCUGAUGUAAAUCGGUAUGAGGAAUUUCUCUUAUAUAGUUACAUGUUAUUUUAGUGGACAGAUCCGUGCUUUUAGAAUUAUUUUCUUUAAACAAACUGUUCAACAUUUCUGACCAUUCAAUCCUGGAUGCUGGUGGCAAAUACAGAUUGUGCUAGACUCGAUGCCAUCUUGUUUAGAUUUUCCAUAUGUUUUUGAAUGUAGGUAAAUAACUUUGACAAAAUACAAUGUUUUCAUUUGCUGAAGAACGUUAAAAGUCAUUAGGUAAUAUCUUGCCCACAUUCUUAGAUGUACUGUCUGGAAUUUUGACGUCAUCCGUCAAAAGAAUUACUCUUUUGUCUACAGCCAUGUAAAAUGUUAGAGUGGCCUCAAACUAAGCAGCCCUCUUUAAAAUAACCAUUUAAAGGGCAUCCAAAGCUAUUUCCCCAUGUCCAUUCCGACACAUCAGACUCGCGUCAGAGUAUGGAACUGUUUUUGUAUCUUCUUUGUCGCUGUUUUACUUUCUCACUGAGGUGCCUUUGUGCACGUCAUUUUCCUGGCUGUCGUUGUUCAAGGAGCGACCGUAUACUGCUGGUCGGAAGAUAAACGUCUAUGUGUUUUUCUAAGCCGAUGUGAUAUCAGCAACUUUACCCCGUGUAUAUACUGUACAAUAAUAAAUAUAUAUGAUGUAUGAUGUUU